CUUCCAGAAACAGCCGAUGAAGAGCAGGUGAAGAGCAGAUGUUUGAUCCAGAAGAUAUUAAUAUAUGACGUGAUUAUGACACGAGCCGAGAGAUUAGUACAGUUGAACUGAUUCAAGAUGUAUUCAUAUAAAAGAGACUAUCAUUUAUCAAUAUGAUAAAUAUGAUAUGGAACUAUUUUAUUGUUCAUCAACAACAACAACAACAACAACAGACGAGAUGUGAUUGAUUUAAACCUUAAACCAGAAGUUAAAGAAAAUACUUUUCACCAAAGUUUACCUCAAAAUAAAUCUGUUCUUUUCUGGACUGGCUCCAAGUCUGUGACAACACGAUACAGUUCAUCAUCUCCACAAUCUUUUUAUAUUUGACUCUUAAAGUAAAAGGUUCUAAAGUGCAAAACUCCCUACAUGAAAAACAUGACAUGUACUUUAACUCUUAAUUUCUGAAAUAAUUCAUAUUCAUGUGUUCAACACAACAAUAGAGAAAAUGAAUGGAUAAUCAAGUGGAUUAUGACAAAUCUAUGUUUUUCUAAUGGUUUAAUGUAAGCGAACAAACCAUAUCAUUUUCCAAAAGAAAACACACACACACAAUCUUCCCCUUUAAUUGAGGCUCUUAAGGUUUAAACUACACGUUGGUUUUCAUAGAUUUUGGUCAAUUGGCCACAAACAACAUGUUCAACACAGAUUCAGUAAUCUGACGUUCACUUAGAACUUAAUUAUAAUGUAUUCUUAUUUUCUGUCUUUGAUUCUGUUUCUGAUUGUAAAAUAACUCAAAUAAGUUGUUUGAUGGUGAAGUAAGAAAAUUCAAUCUUUCCUUCUGAAUUGCAGUGGAGUAGACGUAGACUAAUACUCAUCAUACAAGUACUUCACAGUCGUUGAGUAAAUGUACUUAGUUACUUUGCACAGCUGAGGCAAAACAACUGAUCCACCACCAGGGGGCAGCGUCAUACUGUACCUGUACCUGUCAUCAGUCACGUCAACUCUAUGAACUCAAGAUUAGUACGAAACAUGCUUCAUAAUUAGAUGUGAGAUCAAUUAAUCUUAAACCUGUAAUAAGAAUCCAACUGCAGUGACUUUGGAAACUCAGAUGAAAUUACCCUUUUGGAUGUUUGUCACAUUGUCAGAGCAGAAAGUGGAAACAUCAAGUUAACAUGAGUCAGAGUCAGACCGGAAACACGUGCGUUUCAAAGUAAAAGCUCAGAAACUGCAGCGUCCAGGAAUUAAUAAUAAUAAUGAUAAAUUUAAUCUAAAGAGCACUUUCCAUUGCUUCUGGGAAAGAAAACAACCGACACUGUUAGAAAUGUUAAAUCUCAUUUUGAGAUUAUUAAUUGGAUCAUAAUCAUAAUUAAUUAUCAAGAGAUUGGUGUUGAUGAAAUGUGUCAUUAUGGAGACAGACGACAAAUGUAAAGAAAAAACAGAAACUUAUCAAAUCGACAUUUUACUUUGGUUGAAAAAGCUUUUAUUUCGGAAAUGAUGGCCGGAAGUCAUAAUGGACCAUCACUGUUCCUUCUGCCGGUCCGUCCGCGCGUUAUGGCAAAGCGUCAGUCUCCAGGAGGAUGAGGAGGAUGAGGAGGAGCAGACACUGAGCUCUGAGGCGCGGACAUCAUCAUCAUCAACUUGGAUAUAAAAGCUGCGUGACGCACCUGAAGUCGAGAGACGUGGGGGAAGUCGGGAUGAACAGAGCCGGAGACAGGAGCGUGAGACCUGCGCUCCGGAGCCAGAGACAGCUCAGGACGCAGCAGCAGGUUUCUGUCCAGAAGAAGAAAGAUGCUCCACGUGGCUGCUGCUCCACGGAGACACAGUCCGGACUCCGUGGAUCCGACGCGGACGUGAAACCAGCGGGGAAAGAGUCAUCCAGCUCCGGCGCGCAGAGGAAACUGUCCGACGCCAGCAACGCUUCAGAGGAUCUGAGCAAAGACUCCGGCUGCGUCUCUGGGAAACUCUCCUCCUCCGACAGCAGCUCCGAAAUGUCGGACUGCCCCUCGGAGGGAAACAAGCUCGACUCUCCGACCGGCGACACCGAGUGGAUGUGGACACACGGGAGAGUUUACGAGGCGCCGAGCCGAUGCGCAGCGGCCGCGGACUCCGGUGCCGCGGGAGCGGAGCUCGUGAUGGCGCAGAGCACCGAGGACCUCGUCCGGGAGCUGGACGAGCUCAGAUCCGAGAACGAGUAUCUGAAAGACGAGGCGGAGGAGCUUCGCUGUGAGAUGCUGGAGAUGCGCGACAUGUUCCAGGAGGAGGAGCUGUUCCAGCUGCAGGAGCUGCGUCUGCAGCUGGAACAGGCCAACAAGACGUGUCGCGUCCUGCAGUAUCGCCUCCGCAAGGCCGAGCGCCGCAGCAUCCGAGUGGCUCAGACGGGACAGGUGGACGGGGAGCUGGUCCGGAGCCUGGAGCACGACGUCAGGGUCGAGAAGAGCGUGUCGCUCCGGUUGUACAACGAGCUGGAGGAGGUGAAGAAGAAGAAUUCCCAGUUGGAGUGGGAAAACGAGACGCUCAGAGAGAAGACACAGGAACAGGAAGUGGCCAAGCAGGUGUUACAGGCGGAGGUGGAGAAAGCCAGAGAGGCGUCUGUGAAGAAGAAAAGCAUCAGAUCUUCAGCCACGAAGGCGGAGAGAAGAGUCUCUCAACAGAUUGAGGACGACAGCGCCGAGCUCAGGUGCCAACUCCACUUUGCCAAAGAGGAAUUAGUUCUCAUGUGCAAGAAGCUCACCAAACUGGUCUUGGAGGGCGAGGGCAUGCGCGAGGAGCUGGCCAAAUACCGCUCAGCCUACGGCGACGUGGACGCCAAGCAAUCACCUGAGGGCAAACACAACUCUGCCCACGCCAGGGAGGCAGAGGUCAAAGUGCAUUUGAAACUAGUGGAAGAGGAGGCCACGCUCCUGAGCCGCCGCAUCGUCGAACUGGAGGUGGAGAAUCGUGGACUGAGAGUGGAGAUGAGCGACCUGAGGGAGAAAACCGGAGGACGAGGCGAAGAGGAAGAAGAAGAGAAUCGGAAUGUUUCAGAGAAAAAAGUUGUAGCUUCGACGCCGGACAGAGACGGAACGGAGCAAAGUAUGGAAAUGGGAUGCGAUGUUUACGAGCAGGAAGCAGAAAAAGGUCAAAGUGAAGUCGAGACAUGGAACCAAACACAAUGCGAAGGGAUGAUCACUGCUUGUCGUGAUGGAGAAGGUCCAGUCGGAGGAGAGUGGGAUCCUUCAGACCGUCCGGAGGCCGAUGACGACAAACCACUGGACAGAGGAUUGACAGUGAAAGACUGUGAAACUCUUCUGGCUCUCAGAGAUCAUUCCUGCAUCGUGAGUUCAGCCAUACAGCUGCUUACCUCUCCCACAGAUGUGGACUGGAGCGGUAAGGCUCAGAAGGUUUUCCUACCUGGACCUUUCAACGAGGCCUUGGAGCUUCUGCGGGACAUGCUGUCGUCUUUCAUCGGGAGGGUGGAGACGCUUUUAACGGGACAAGAUUUAGGCCAAAACCCUUUUCACAAGGAUGGACACGUUUGGGAUCCCUGCACUUCCUCCUUUCUCUCGGGAGAUGUGGAGAGUGUUGAAGACCUCCGGGCCUCAGAGGUGAAGGAGAGGGCAACAAGACGAGCACCCUCCGUCCACUCGGACCCAAAGAUGCAACUGUCCUUGCAGAUUCUGUGGAUCCUCCAUCAGUGGUGUCAAGUUAAAGGACCUGGCCUGGAGGGAAAAGAGGGUAAAGACAAAACCAUGUCUGUGCUGCGAGGUCUGCUGCAGGACGUCGCUGCAGAGCUUCGCGAUGAGAGGAUUGAAAUCGACAGUGGAGCCAAGGCAACGCAGGACAAGGCAGCCGAGUGUCCGGUCACUGGUUUCCUCCUCGACGAUCGACCUUGUGAAGCUGGCAGGUCAGUGUUUUUUCACCUGGUCCAUCUCGUUCAUGAGGCCCGAGGUUGUAACCCGUGUGUCUCCUGCUGUUUUCAAAGAAUCUGCAGCUCAAAAGAGAAAAAACCGAAGCGAGCGUUUUCUCCACGCGACUCUAAGAGGAAGAACUGGAGCUGUCUGAGCCGGGCGGCGGCCCAGCUGGACCGAGAGGAGCCCGCUAAGACGUGGGACCAUCCAAUCAUGCCGCUUAGCUUCCCUGAUCUUGAUUUUGAGCAGAUGUCCGUGGAGAGAAGCCACACCGCCCCGGAGAAGUCGGCCGUCCGCAUCUACUUCAGCCCCCCCUCUGCCCGCAGGGUCCAGCUGGCUCAGGCCAAGCAAAGCCCCGUCGCAGACGGAGAGUCUGUGGACACGUCGUCUCCCUGGUGCACGCCGCCCACCUCCCUGUCUGCGCUCUGUCUGGGCUCAUCUGCCAACCUGAGUGACGACGUGAAGGAGAUGAAGGCCGGCUGGAGGCAGGCGGUCUACAGCAGCUCACAGGAGAAGGGAAGGAGGUCAGUGGGGCGGUGGGUGGACGUGGCCUGCUCAGGCACUCAGACCCACAUGAAGCCACAGAUGGUGAGUGUUGGCCUGCAGACGGACGUGGGCCCUGUGAGGAGAAGCAGCCCCUCUCGAGCCCUGAGCUCCUCCUUGGUCACUGCCCGCUCUCACCACAUCUCCACCUCACUGGACGGAGUCGAGAGGCCCAGAACCUCCACCUCUUCACCGAAACUGUACCGGAGACACUCCGGUGCUUCUUCUCUCCCUUCAACCCCGAGUGUGGGUUCCUCCUCCUCCUCUAGAGACCGAGCCCUGUGGAACCUGAACCAUCAGAGCGGCUCUGGCGUCUCUUCUUGGACCCGACAGACCAGUCAGCGACAGAGCGCAGCACAGAGCCCCGGCUCUCUGAGCAGCGCCAAGCCUCCCACCAAACCUGCAGGCGCCAACCGUUAUGGUCUGGUCACAGAGUUUCUGCGCAGGGUGAGCGGCCGGGCUGAGAAACCAGUUUCCGGGUCAGGACCGAAGACGAAGAGCGGCCCUAAGAACCUGGAGCGGGUCCCGACGAGGCCUCCUGUCGCCGCGCUGCACAGGACCGACAGCGUGACGAGGAUCGUCAACCAGAGGUUCAUGAAGCAGAGAGACGAGAAGAGCGGCGUCCUGAACCCCGGCGUCCGCCACAGCGUGAGCGUCUCCCCUGAGGACGGAACCUACGACUGCAGCUCCGGCAGCACUUUGACUUUCUGCUUCGCUCGUCCUUGUCGCUCCGCCCAGAGACAAACGUCCAACCAGAGCAAAGUCCUCCGACACAGACACUCCCCUCCCGUGGGCUCGCCAUCCGGCUGUGAGGGACCCGGAGGAGGAGCGGCGGCGGGGGCUCGGCUGACACGUUGAACAUGUAAUGAUUUAACUGCAGGAUGUUGUGUGUGUGUGUGCGUGUGUGUGUGUGUGAUGUGUAGGAGAACUGUGAGUUUAAUAUCUAUAAAACACUCAUCUCCUUUGACAGAUCAAUCAUAAUGUCACAAAACACAAUCUUGCAAAUAGUGAAUAUUCAUUUAUAUUAACAAAUUCAAACUUAUUUGACUUUUGCACUUCGUGAAGUCAUUUUUUUAUUAUAUUAUCUUGUUUUGUAGAGAAAAAAACUCCUGUUCUGAAUAAACAUCUAAGAUUUGA